UUUCUACUCCCUUGUAUUUCCGGGCAAAUCAAUUUCGCACAUUUUCAUCAUUUUAUUUUUUUAAUGACAAAACUUUAAAGAAUAACUAACCAACAAGACUGUUUGGACAUAUGAUACGCAGAGCUUUUUUCAAACUGAGACACAGGUUAUAUAGAGCUGUCAUUGUUCCGAAAUUUAAACAACACCGGACAUGUCCAAGUGAGGAUCAUGAUGUUUUCAAACAUACCAAACGUAAAAACAGACAGAACACUGCGAAUGUUACCCACAUAACAAUAUUUGGAUCAUUCGAUUUAAAUGUGUUUAAAGUUCUGGGACUGACUCCAUCUAUAAAUGCAAUGGAUUCAGUUAAACAACAGUUUAAACCUCCAGCAUGUGUAAAGGGCAUGACAACUUUGGACAGAUCAAAAUUUGAUGAUACUGUUAAAGUUCCUGCAAUUACUGUUCCAGUGAAAAAUCUGCAAAAAGUCACAAAGCAGUUAAAGAAAUAUGGAUUGAAAUUGAAAGGGUUUUCACCAGUGAUUGAACUAGAGAAAUCCGAUCCAGAUUUUAACGGCCACAAAAGGUACCUCUUGGAUCCGAGAAAAAUGGAGUUGUUGAAUCAAUUGCCUGUUGAAAUAAAGAAUGUCCUAGCAAAUGAAAAUACUCGCAGCAAUGACAUUGAAAUAGUUGACUUGAAAAUGUCAUAUAGCAAUUGGAAUUUUCAAGAAGUUAUGCAGGCUAUAAUGCCAGAUGAUUGCGACAAUGUUACAGGCUUUUCAGAAGUUGGUCAUAUUGCACAUUUCAACCUCAGAGACCAAGCAUUACCAUACAAACAUAUCAUAGGUGAGGUGCUGCUUGACAAGGUUCCAGGAGUGAAAACAGUUGUAAAUAAACUGAACACAAUCGACAACACUUUCCGCACAUUUCAGAUGGAAUUAAUGGCAGGGGAAGAUAAUUUUGUAACCCAAGCCAAGGAAAAUGGCUUCACUUUUGAAUUAGAUUUCUCAAAAGUGUACUGGAAUUCAAGGCUUGGCACAGAACAUCAUAGGAUGACUAAGAACCUGACGUAUAGUGACAUCGUUUUUGAUGUGUUUGCUGGAAUUGGACCAUUUUCUGUUCCAGCUACAAAAAGAAGAGCUACAGUGUAUGCCAAUGAUUUGAAUCCAUACUCAUAUGAAAGUUUAGUUAAAAAUAUAAAGCUGAAUAAUUGUGACUCAAGUCUAAUUACCUGCAGUAAUUUAGAUGGUAGAGAGUUUAUUGAAACUGUUGUGAAAGAUAGAUUAACAGCCAUCUAUUCAGAAGGAACUGAGACAGAAGAAGUUAAUGUAGCAAAUAUAUCUGGUAUUGCAGUGCUCAUGAAUCUUCCGGCUUUAGCAUACACAUUUCUUGAUGCAUUUAAUGGUCUUCUAAGUGGUGUUGAAAAUUUUAAUGAUAAAGUUCCCUUGCCAAUUGCCCAUUGUUACUGUUUUACAAAUUUGGCAGAUGCUUCAGAGAAGUGGAGUGGUGAUAUGAAUGUUGAGCUUAAACAUCGGGUAAUAGAUGUGAUAGGUGGAUUAAAAGAAGAGGAUAUCACUUCGAGGUUUGUUCGAGAUGUAGCUCCACAGAAGUGGAUGAUGUGUGUUUCCUUCAAACUUACUAGAGAAAUUUUGUGUGGAACAAGUACAGAUGAUGGGUCAUAUGACUUGCAGACUUACAUGACAGAUGAGCCUCCAGCUAAGUGCCAGAAGCUAGACGUCGAAGCCGAUGUGAAUGCUGUCUGAAAUAUAUUUAUAGAAACAGGCACUAGACUGACACAAGAAAAAGUGAAAUAUGCAAAUUGAAACAGACACUUGAGAUGGGAAACUGUUUUGCGUGGAAUUUGGCUGAUACUAGAAACAGUUUCUGAAUAUACCGGUAGAUUAGACAGACAUGAUUUAAAUUAGGCAUUGAAUGCAGAUAAAAAGAAAACUGUAUUGGUUGAUACUAGAUAACACUUGAGUAUCAGGUGCUUGAUGUAAACUGAAUGGACAAGGAUGAUUGGCUUAUUAACACAUUUAUAUAUUUUUCAGAGAUUUCAAAGUUUCUUGAGAGUAUAUUUUCUGUGUUUUUGAAUAUUAAAUUUUAUUAUAGA